CAUACAUUCCCCUUUUGAGUCAGAUGUGUGAAUCUGUACAGUGAAAUGUCUGUCUGUGAAGUAACCUCAUCGCCAGGCUCAAUUACUACAGUGACAGAGAGCCGGCUGGGUGGAGAUUAUCUGUGAGUAAUUAAUGCAGACCAGAGUCAACCCAUAAGUACUUAUACAGAUCCUAUUGGGGAUAACAACAGUAGUCGCACUUGCAGAAACAGUAGUCGCACUUGUAUCGAAUCACGCUUCAAACCAGCUUGAACAAAAAAGGGAAUCCCAAAAAGCCUUCCUCACCCCAGGACACUUCAACAGACACCGUUGGUUAUGGCUUUAUGUGUAUCUGAAGGAUGCCAGAAGAGCUGCAUUACUCUACAGUGGUUAUAAAAAAUUUAAAAAUGUCUUCACCAAAAGUGGAGGAGGGCCCUGCUCCCCACUCUCAAACCUUUGGAGGAGUGGCAUUGUGUUUGGGGGUUCUUUGUGUCCUGUUGGUGUCAACCAUUUUACCUCUCUGUGUCUACUUCAGCACUGCCCUCUCAGAGCACAACACAAAUUUGGUGAGGGAACUGGAGCAGCUAACAGAUGAGCAUAUAUCCCUACUGGCAGCCAAUCAGGACCUAAUGAAUCUCUACUGCAAGCUGAGUGUAGCCAAUCAUAUUUUGCAAAGCGAUUACAUCAAAGUGUCUACUGAAAACCAGCAAUUGAAGGCAGAGAGGAUGAACUUGUCAAGAGACAGGGAUGGGCUCAACUGGACUCUUGGGGUCAUAUUUCAGUUGAAGAAUUUCCCAGUUGAUAACUACUGCCCAUAUGAAGAUGCCAACACCAAAGAUAGAGCGUGCAAACCUUGUCAAGUUGGCUGGGUGCUGUUCCAAUCCAGUUGUUACCUGUUUCUGCACAUUAAAGUCCCCUUCGGUCACCUUUGGAGGACCUGGCAAGGAAGCAGACAGCACUGCAAAAACAACAACGCCGAUUUGGUUGACAUAGGCAGUCAAGAGGAACAGGAAUUCAUUCUCAACAACACUCAAGCCUACUAUGAUGAAGAUCAUGGGUACUGGAUCGGCCUGACUGACAUAGCAGAAGACGGUCAAUGGCUUUGGGUUGAUGGACGUAAUCAGAAUCUGACUGAUAGGUUUUGGAAGAUUCAACCUGUAUGGGGUCGCGAUUGUGCUUUAACUAACCCAAACAAUGAACCUUUGGCUAAUUGGAAUGCUGCACCAUGUGGCCAGAGAAACCGAUGGAUCUGUGAGAGUAAAGCAUUAAUAUGGUCAGGAUAAAUUGAGCCACGUUCACAGUCAAAAAAGCUAUUAGCAGUGUAUAACAAUUUUAAAAUAGAACACUUGUGUAGGGCUUUCAUAGGUUCCGUUUUUUAAUAUAAAAAAAUUAUAAUUGCUGUUUUAGAAGCGAUGCAAUAAUUCUAAAUCAGCAGCUUUAAUUGUCACUUCAUGUAAAUGUACCUCAGAGUAGUAAGGAAAGUUAAUUGAGCAAAAAAAAUGCAUUACUGUGCUCAUAUGUAGCAACCUCAUAUCUGAUGUUGAUAUCACAUUGUUUAAAACAGCCAUUUGAGAAUAUUAAUACAAGACCACUAGACAAGUAUAAAAACACCAGUUGACGCUGAAAUACACUGCUCAAAAAAAUAAAGGGAACACUUAAACAACACAAUGUAACCCCAAGUCAAUCACACUUCUGUGAAAUCAAACUGUCCACUU